AUGGUGAAAGAGUUUGUGAACGAAAACGGAACGACGCAGACGGAGGUGAUCCCAGCCCGAGUCAUUUACCUCAAUCGCACAGACACAUCGUACACCCUGCACGGACUGAGCCCCUUCACAACAUACAGGGUGAACGUGAGUGCAAUCCCACCCAAGAAGGAUUAUCGACCUCCUGCCAGCAUCUAUGUCACCACGGACAUGCACGUAUGUGGUACAUUGACAGCCCCUCCUUCCCUCGCAACACCUAAGUUGUACGGCGUAACGGAUUCAGGGACGAUCAUGGUCAUUUUGCCUCAAGCAUCGCAGGAAUUUGGGCCGAUAUCGCACUAUUUCCUGGUGGUGAUCCCCGAGAGCCAAGUAGCAAAUCUCACUGAUCCAAACGCUUACCAUCUUUCAUACGAUGCUGUGGAGACCUCGACCAGUCUCUUCACCGAACUUCCCCCCGAAAGUCGGCCAUACAUCGCGGCCAAGUUCAUCGGUCAGGACGUCCCUUACAUCUUUAAUUUGGGAGACCAUCAGACCUUCAAUGGCUAUCUCAACAGGCCCUUGUUUAAGAGCAGGCGCUACAAGGUCUUCCUUCGAGCCUAUGUCGACAGUCCCAGCGAGCCACAUCUGUUUGGGACGAGCAACAUGUCAAGCUUCCUGUCCUUGGACAUGAACCCGAUUCCGCCGGGUGCGAUCCCAAGCGACCGCCUCAUCUCGACUGCCACCGUUCUUCCGCCGGCUCAGAGCGGAGGAUCCCUUUGGGUGAUUGGACCUGUGACCUUGGCUUUGCUCCUCGCGUCUUCUCUCGCGGUCUUCAUGUACGUGCGACGGCGGAGAACACUGCGGAGUGGACAGGGAGCAUCGACUACAUUUGAGCCGCUCGUCUCCUCUGAUGCUCCGGUGGCGACGCCAGACCUGAACGAGUUGCAUUGACUCAUGUGACUGCGAAACGGAAAUUCUGUGUGUCUCAAAAUGGCAAUUUACUCCAACUCUUUUGCAAAACAUGAAUUUUCUCAAAUACGCAUUUGCGAACAAAAGUGUUACUUCUUCCUCUCACUUACAGAUUUUUAAAAUAUUUUUUUAUUUCCAAUAUUGCAUCUUCUAACCAAGAUAUAUUUCAACUAUAUCAACUAUAUUCAAAAUAAACAAAAGAGCUUUUGAGUAGAAAUCACGAUGAUUGAGCUGUUGAAACUUGCCCUUCCAUAAUAUUAUUCCAGUUUGCACUUCAAGCCAACUCCCAUAAAUAAGGAAC